CCCUCGGACACCACGGAUCACGGAAAGAGCCGAAGAUGUCGGCUCGGUCAUGUGAUCAGCUGUGUCCAAUCACAGCUGAUCACAUUGCCACCUGUCAAUGUCCAUCAGUGCCAGCAGUCAGUGCUCAUCAGUGCCACAUGCCAGUACCCAUCAGUGCCACAUCAAUGCCACAUAUCAGUGCAUACCAGUGCACAUCAAUGCCACAUAUCAGUGCCCAUCUGAGCUGCCUUUUAAUGUCACCCAUCAGUGCCAGUCAGUGCCACCUAUCAAUGCCAAUCAGUGCCACCUAUCAGUGCCAGUCAGUGUUGCCUAUCAGUGCACAUCAGUGCCGCCUAUCAGUGCCAGUCAGUGCCGCCUAUCAGUGCCAGUCAGUGCUGCCUAACAGUGCCUGUCAGUGCCGCCUAUCAGUGCCAGUCAGUGCCGCCUAUCAGUGCCAGUCAAUGCCGCCUAACAGUGCCAGUCAGUGCCGCCUAUCAGUGCCAGUCAGUGCCACCUAUCAGUGCCACCUAUCAGUGACAUAUAUCAGUGUCAUAUAUCAGUGCUGCCUUUCAGUGCCCAUCAGUGAUGCCUGUCAAUGCCCAUCAUUG